GGCCGGUCGCCAGCCUCGCGGCCUGCUUCUGACACAGCUGGGCUGCGGAGGGCGCAGGGCGGCAGAGGCGCGCGGUUGGUCGGUGGUAGGGCUCCAGAGCUGCGAGUUCUUGGUUGUGAACAGCGCCGAUGUCCCGUCGUCGUCGUGGUGGUGGUGGUGUUUGCUCGCGCGCUGACACCAGCGGCCAGAAUCAGGCAGACAGUUUCAGGUAUGCAAUCGUGACUUGACAUGAGAUGUCCUAACGAUGGGGUACGGAGUGAUACGGGAGAGACUUCCCUCACAAAGAUGAUUUCAGUGGGAAGCUACGUCACCCUUUCAUCAUGAUUUCUCAGAAGGUGUGCAAGGGUGACUUGACCUUGCAGACAGUUUCAUAAUAGUUUUUGAGACAAUGUUAAGUUACAUAAUAUGGUGAAUGGUAAAAAGGUGAACAU